AGCCUAAAUAGUCUGUAGAAAUAGAAAACUUUGAGUUAGACUCUUACAAGGCAAAAAAGGAACCCGCAAAAGAGCAAAGGUAAACCAUACCCUCCAACGGUUUCAUGUUUUCUGUUUUAGUGUCUUAAACGUUAAGAUGGUGCACAUCCAAAUCAUUGUUAUGUAAUGAUAAAACAUUUGAAGAAAACCAGAGUCCAUCUUACUGUCAGGUUAUGCAGACUAUGGAUAUCUUUUUUAAGGCACUUUUAAGUGGUUGGGUGUGUGCAGAGUGUGUAAAACCACAUGGUAACACAUUGCUCAGCUGUUCUGAGUACAUGUGCAAUGCUGAGCGUGUUUUUCUUUAAACUGGUUAUUUAUUGGCACAUUUUUAUAUUUUUAUUUUUUUGCACCAUUAAAGCACUAUGAAGUUCACAUUGCAUUGUUGACAAAUUAGCAUAUAAAAAGACAGACUAUAGAUGCAUAGCAAAGUAUUUCCUCUAAACCAUAAUCGAACCAUGGUGGGAACCAAUAGAGUCAUUGCUAUUGCAGACGAUAUGAAACUACUUUGCAAUUUGCAAAGCCCCUACCCCAGUUUACCUAUACAAGGAAGUACCACAAACCAAUAGCCUGAAAAAAAAAAAACUAUAACAGAUCAUGAUUUUUUUGACCUAUCUCAUAUGAUACGAUCUUAUCUUAUCUCAUCUCAACUUCCCGUCUUUGCUUGGAAGGUCAGGGGGCAAGAUCAGUUUCCACAGUUUUUCCCUCUGGGUUUCUGAUUAUGAAUUCUACAGAUGAAUUGCUAAGUGUGGGUUGGCAGAAGGUGGAAGCCACAACAUUUUCCAGUGUGGAUGGACACAUUGCAGAUGCUACAUCUAAUGGAACAAGUACAGAUGACUAUUAUGACUACUAUCAUGGACCUGAUGAUUCUUCUGCAUAUUCCUGUGUUUAUGGAAAUCAUGGAGCUAGCAUUCUUCCUGUGUUGUACUCCCUGUUUUUUGUGGUGGGCUUUCUGGGUAACAUACUGGUGAUCUGGGUGGUUUUGAUGGGUGUGAAGCUGAGAAGUAUGACUGACAUCUGUCUUCUGAACCUGGCUAUUGCUGACCUGCUCUUAAUCUCCUCCCUCCCCUUCCUGGCACACAGUGCCAGAGACCAGUGGAUCUUUGGGGAUUUUAUGUGCACUAUGGUCCUCAGUGUCUACCACAUUGGAUUCUAUAGUGGGAUAUUCUUCAUUGUACUGAUGAGUGUUGAUCGGUACUUGGCUGUAGUUCAUGCUGUGUUUGCCCUGAGAGUCAGAACAAGGACAUAUGGGAUCUUAGCCAGUGCGGUCAUAUGGAUUAUUGCAGUUUCUGCAUCCUUUCCUGAGUUGAUAUACCUCAAAACCACAGAACACAACAAAACAAAAAUAUGCAUGUCUUAUCAAUCAAAUAAUCAAGAAUCUUAUCGUAUUACAAAGGUAUUUGGUAUCUAUAAAAUGAACAUCAUUGGUUUAUUUCUUCCACUUUUCGUGAUUGGAUAUUGUUACUCAAUGAUCUUAAAGAGACUCCUCUCAGCUCGCUCUUCCAGGAGGCAGGCAAUGCGUCUUGUCAUCACAGUGAUGGUGGUCUUCUUCUUCUGUUGGGCUCCAUACAAUAUUGCAGCUUUUGUAAAAGCUUCAGAGAUGAAGGAACAUAUAACUCCAACUUGUGAGGGCAGUAAGGCAAUCCGUCUAAGUCUGCAGAUCACAGAAGCGGUGGCUUACUCACACAGCAUUGUGAAUCCCUUUCUUUAUGUGUUUGUGGGAGAGAAAUUUAGGAGGCAACUUUUUAGACUCCUGAAUAAGACACCCUUAAGUAGAGUGCAGUUCAUGAAAAGUUAUAUUGUACAGGCCACAGGAUCUGUUUACUCACAGACCACUAGUGUGGAUGAGAGAUCAGCUACAGCUGUUUGAGUAGAAUAUUAUUUAGAAUAGAGAAUACAGACAAAAAUAAAUAAGUACAUAAACAAAUAAUCAAUAAAUAAAUAAAUAAAUAAAUAAAUAUUGGAUUUACUUGCAUAAUGAAGAAACCCCUAAUACAUUUACUGAUAAACAGUUCAAAUCCACCCCCUAACCCCAAGAAGAAAAAUGUAUAUAGAUGAGGGCAGUUUGUAGAUGAGCAGUUUGAGUGGAAGAUUAAUUGGAAAGUAUGUACACAAGGCCAAGUUUUGAACAUUGGACUGUUAAAGUUAAAAACCCAGAUCAUACAACGUAAUUUACAAGCCUCAUAGUGUUAUUUGUGCAUAUAUCUGUAAAUGUUUGUAUUUAUUUUUUAUUUAAUCAUUUAAUUUUUAUUCAUACGUUUUGCUUGUUUUAUAGUUACUAUAUAUGCUUUGUAUUUUACACACACACACACACACACACACACACACACAUAUACACAUGAAUAUACAUGUAUUGCACUGUUACUGAAUUUAAAAAAAAUGUUAACUAAAAUUAUAACUAUAUGAAUUAUGUUUUGUAAGAAUAAAUAGCAUCAAUAAAAAUGUAUGUAAGUGUGGCUCACAUUGCAGAGUGAUAAUUUUACACCAGUGAUAACAGCAGGAAGGUCAGAUGGUAACACUUUAACACAACAAGGACCCAUUAAUAAAUGUAAGUACGGGCAUUAACUGUUAAAUUAACAAUGAGCAAUACAUUUGUUACAGUAUUUAUCAAGAUUUGGUAGCAUUAGUUAAAACGCACACACACACACACACACACACACACACACACACACACACACACACACACGCU